AGUCAUAAAGGGGAAACUGGUGAUGUAUUCUGCCAGGGGUUUGCUGCAAAUUUUCACAGCCCGCUCCUGCUGCGCUUUAGUGGAGACCGAGCUGGAAGAAAAGAAGCACGAGUGCGAGGUUUGUGAGAAAUGCGUUAUUUCAUCGGUGAACUGUGUCAGUAGUUCACUUUGUCUGUGACGGUCAGGUGUCGACGCUGAUUCGCUUAUCCAUUAGCGGGGCUCUCGGCGGACAGCACGCGCGGCAUUUUACUCUCGCGUGGCAUUCAACAUUUCCUCUCUCUCUCUCGUGCUGAUAGAGAGGAGGAUAGGACAGUGAUGGAUGCUGUUCACGGUUAAAGAGCAAAAAGUCCGAAUUCAUGGGUGGCGAGACACAGGUUUAAGCAGUCAGAGAGGAUACAGACCUACCUUCGGGAUACACACGCAGAGGUUUGCCUGAAUAAGUGGCCAUGCUGUUCUCUUCGUUCAUUUGUGCUGUGGGAUUCUCCCUCCUGUCACUCCUGCUGUUUCAGUGCCCCGCCCAUGCCUGUCCUGCCCGCUGUGAGUGUGCGGUGCCCACCCGCUCCGUUUCAUGCCAUCGAAGACGGCUGGCGCAGGUGCCUGAGGGCAUCCCUAUAGAGACAAGGGCGUUAGACUUGAGUAAAAACCGUCUACGGAUCGUGACGCCGCAGAACUUCUCUUCACUGCUUCUGCUGGAGGAGCUGGAUCUUAGCAACAACCUGUUGUCCUCCGUGGAGCCCAAUAGUUUCCGUGCCCAACCGCGUCUUCGGGUGCUCCGACUGCGCAGUAACCAGCUGACGUUGCUGCCUCGUGGCGCGCUGGCUGGCCUCAGUGAGCUCACCCUGCUGGAUGUAAGUCAGAACCGCCUUGUUAUACUGCUGGACUACGGGUUCGAGGAGCAGAGGAGGCUGCGUGUGUUAGAGCUAAGUGAUAAUGAAUUGGUGUUUAUAGCCCCGCGGGCAUUCAGCGGCCUGGCAUCUCUGCGAUCCCUAACACUGCAGCGUUGCAACUUGAGCACGGUGCCCACGCAUGCUCUCGCGCACCUGCACGGCCUGACUGUCUUGCGUUUGCGGGACCUGGGCAUCGCCGAGCUUCAGGCGCACGCCUUCAAGGGACUUCAACGACUCAAACACCUAGAGGUGGACCGCUGGCCUCUGUUGGAGGGGUUUCCCACCUCAGCCCUGCAGGGGCUGAACCUCAGCACGCUGUCUGUUACACACACCAACCUGUCAAACGUGCCGGUCGUGACGCACCUGUCGUACCUGACACAUCUUAAUCUGUCUUACAGCCGUAUACGGGUACUGCCAGCAGGAUGGCUGCGGGGAAUGGACAGGCUGGAGGUUGUACGAGUGCGACAGUCUAAUCUGCUCAGCGUGGAGCCACAGGCCUUUCAAGGAGCCUCCUCGCUGCGCCUUCUGGACCUCUCGUACAACCGCCUGUCCACACUCGAAAGAGGUGUUUUUCCUGCUUCCGAGUCGCUGCAGAGUCUCCUGGUUGGUCAGAAUCCGUUAGUGUGCGACUGUCGCCUGCGUUGGCUGCUGGAGAGGAAUCCGCUUCUGCCGUACGGGGAUGUUCAACCUGAAUGUAGUGCGCCUGCCCCCUUAGCUGGGAAACUCCUAAGGGACCUGGCGGAAAAUCUAAUAUCUCGUUAUGUAAUCUGCACCAAACCCAGGGUCGUCUCCAUGGCAACAUAUCCGGCACAGGCGGAAGAAGGACAGAGAGCUUGGCUGUACUGCAGUGCGGAGGGGGCACCACCUCCCUCUGUCUCAUGGCUGACACCGCUUAGGCGACACAUUACCACGAAGAGUACAGGCAGAGUCGUCGUCCACACCAACGGCUCACUCGAAUUCCGCAUGGCAGAGCCGCAGGAUAGCGGCAUGUACGUGUGCGUGGCGUCCAACCCGGCCGGAAACGCUACCCUGUCCGUAACGCUCGCUGUGAAAACCUCGGGAAUCAGAGACAGAGCUCUUUACGCCAACCACAGCUACAUUUUUGACCCCGACUACAACAACUCACUGACUAAUGGCACCGAAGAGUUCACCAUCAGGGUGGUGUUGGACUUCACCACCAUCCUGGUCUCCACGGCAAUGGGCUGCCUCAGCUUCCUGGGCGUCGUGUUGUUCUGUUUCCUGUUGUUGUUUGCGUGGAGCCGAGGCAAAGGGAAGCACAGGGGGAGCGUGGACAUCCAGUACGUCCCACGAAAGAGGAAAGGAGCGAACUCGGAACUCACAGAAACAAGCGGGCCCAGACGAGUCAACAUGAAGAUGAUCUAAACCGUUUACAUGACCGAAGACUUCACAGGAUUGCAUGGUCAAGUGUGUGUGUUUGUUAAACUUGUGAGUCUUCGGGUACCUGUGCUGCAAACGAAGCAAACGGAUGUAUAAUCAUGAAAGUUUACACGUUGUAUCCCAACGGAAACAAAAGAAAGAUAAAGAAACCAAACCGUAUUAUGCGCGUCUUCUGCGAUGCUUUGUCAGUGGAAAGCAUUAUUUGGACAGUGCAGACGUGUGUACGUUUCAGUUGUUGUACAUAUUUCAUAUUUGUGGGAAAGAAUGGUAUAUUUAUAUAUCUAUAUAUAUAUACACAUACAUAUAUCUCUAUUUACAGAUACGUUAUGAUUACCUUUCAAAACGCUGCAAAAACUCAAGUUGUCUUCCCCAAUAAGCAAAGUAUCUACUGGAUAAAGCCCCGGCAGUGCUGUGUUGUGAAGUGUUUGGUUUUGCUCAGAAUUGCUGUUCUCCUGGGAUGUCCUCUGGAUGGCAGAACCUCUGGUGGAACCGGGGAGAUUCUGCCGUUUUGUUGUAAAGAUGUUAAAAUGCAAGAAGAUGUUUGACAUGGUGGUGGUUCUCGGGGCUGUAUUUGUGACUCAGUGGAAGUCUGUGGAACUGUGUGAAGAUGUUCUUUUAUUUCUUAUGUUCUGUCAAAUGCUGCUCCAAUGUUUUUACAUACUAAAUAUCUGUUUAUAUUUUCCAAAGAAAAUAAAUAUAAAUCAUACAGCUUGAGAAGUGUUACUGUCAUCUCAAAUCUUAUUCUUGUUCGUCUCAAGUGUUCCCAGUUGGACAAAAGCCUACCCAAUAGAUAUGUCCCUAAUAUUUUAAAGCCAAAUCCGCAAGCAAUAGCUGUCAUUUUAUCAUCUAGGUUAAAUAUAGACCCGAUAUAAUCCUGCUGUUAGUAAACCAGAUCAAGCUUGAAUUUGCUAACAUGAUGUUUUUCCCAAAAUAACUUGCAAGAUGUACACAAAGUCAAAAGUGAUUACAAGGUGUUUAGUUUCAUUUAUUUUUGUAUUUUAUUUUAUUUAUUUUUGGGCUAUGGUUAGACAUCUAUUAAAGGUGCAGUGUGUAACUUUAAGAAGGAUUUAAUGACAGAAAUGCAAUUUUAUAUACAUAACUAUAUUAUCAGUGGUGCAUAAAGACAUUACAUAAUGAACAGUUAUGUGUUUAUUAUCUUAGAAUGAGACAUUUUUAUCUACAUACGCUGUGGGCCCCCUUACAUGGAAGUCGCCAUUGUGUGCCGCCAUGUUUCUACAGUAGCCCUAUUUACAGACAAACUGCUGUACAGAGAGUGUUUUGUCACUACUGUAUUUUGUCUUAGAAAACAACAUGUUCGUCCUGUGGCGGCUACCGUAGCUUCACUAUGUGUUUCAGUGAACGGUGGACUAAGCCAUUGGUUGCAAUUCACAAUAUCACGGCUAGAUGGCGCAAACAUUUACACACUGCACCUUUAAAG